CGACGAUACUAAGACGUUUCUAAGAAUCAGUCGAGACGUACGAUGAAUAAUAAUUAUCAGAAAAAUACACGGAACAGUCUAAAAUAUUGUCGACUGCUUCUGAAGGUAAUCGGUGUCUGGCCGUUGAUAAACGGCUACCACGGCGUAAUCGAGAGAAUCGUCUCGAUGAUACUGAUAGCAGCGUGUCUAGGCAGUUUGUUGUUUGCGCUGCUCCCGACAACGUACUACUGCUUUUUCUACGUGAAACAGAUCGACGAGCGGAUCACGAUUUUUGCGCCUAUCUGUUACUGCAGUUCGUGCAUAAUGAAGCUCUAUUAUCUCUGUUCGAAAUCAACCGCGUUGAAGGAUUGCAUCGAACAGAUGGAGGAGGAUUGGAAAUCGAUAGAAACCGUGGAACACCAGACUAUCAUGCUCGAAAAAUUAGCUAUCGCUAAUAAAUCGACCCUCGCGUUUACGAUUCUCUUGUACAUCAACGGCAUAUGCUACGUCACCGUUUUACCCUUGUUUUCGUCCCCGUGGUCUGUGGCCACUAAUGCCACUGAAGAUGUGAAACCAUUGCUUUUCCCCGGGUUAGACUUGUUUAUUGAUGACAUUUACUCGGCACCUAUCUACCAAAUGAUAUACAGCGCGCACUGCGCUUACGCGUGUCUCUCUGUAGGCGUAGAGACAGCCUUGUGCGGUAUAAUGGCAACCUUCGUCGGUCAUGCUCGCGGAAUGCUUCAGAUUCAAAUGGCACUGUUGGAAGAUAUGGUUGUAGAUGCGAAGAAUAACAAGGAGAAAAGUCUCUUACCUCUUAUCGUCAGUAAUCACGUUGGGAUAUUAACAUACGCGAAACGCGUCGCGUAUGCGAUGCAAGAGAUAUGUUUUUUGGAAGUAACGACCACGACUCUUCUUAUAUGCACUAUGGAAUAUCUUUCCAUUAUGGCGUGGAGAGACGUUGAUUUGAUAGCGCUCGGAACAUACGUUGGCUCGUGGAUUUCGAUGACUCUGAAUAUGUUCAUAAUUUGUUACGCGGGCGAUCUUCUUGUCGAAGAGGGCGAAAAAUUUGGUGAAGCGACUUACAAUAUAGAAUGGUACAACCUACCAGAAAAGAAGGCCCAGGACUUAAUAAUUCUGAUUGGUAUAUCGAGAUAUCCGCCGAAGCUUACGGGUGGGAAGAUAUUCGAAAUAUCAAUAGACACAUUCAGCUCUGUGAUUAAAUCAUCGUUUGUGUAUCUGAAUUUGUGUCAAACUGUUGCCGAAUGACUGUUUCUGAUUAGAGAUUAUUUCUCUCUCGUCUCCAAAUAAUGUUGGCUAUUUAGAAAACGGAUAAACAAAUUUUGAAAGUUAUAAAUUGUUUGCAGAAAGAGAAAAUAUUUCCAAUGCGCGAUGGUUGUUGUUAACUAUUUUAAUAGAGCAUUCAGGUAUAUUCGUUAUUUCGCCAACAUGUUUGCGAGCUCAAUUUAUAACUAAUAUACAUACACUUUUGGGUAACUUAAAAAUUCUAUGAUAAUCGUUUAUAGCACAAAAUUAAUCGCGAUUAA